CAAGGCAUUCCUGCUGGAGUGUAAUGGUCGUUGAUACUGUUUUACAAGAGGUGCUGAAUACUGCCCUCAUCCACAAUGGCCUUGCACAUGGAAUUCACAAAGCUGCCAAAGCCUUAGAUAAGCACCAAGCCUAUCUUUGUGCGCUUGCGUCCAACUGUGAUGAGCCUAUGUUUGUUGAGUUGGUGGAGGCCCUUUGUGCUGAACACCAGAUCAACCUAAUUAAGGUUGAUGACAACAAGAUACUAGGGGAAUGGGUAGGCCUUUGUAAAACUGACAGAGAAGGGAAACCCCGUGAGGUGGUUGGUAGUUGUGUAGUAGUUAAGGACUAUGGCAAAGAAUUGCAGGCCGAGGAGAUCAUCGAAGAGUACUUCACAUGCAAGAAGUGA